AUGAUUGCUAUCGUCGGCGCAGGCGUGACAGGCUUGACGACAGCAGUCUGCUUGAUCGAGUCGGGCAGAGCGGCUGGCGAUCAGAUCAUCAUCUACGCCCGAGACUUGCCCUCUGAUGCCUACUCGACAGGGUUCGCGAGUCCGUGGGCAGGUGCCAAUUGGCGCAGUGUUGCCGCCCAUGACGAUCCCGAACGACAGCAGUACGAUCGGAUUGCCUACAAACGCUUCGAUCAGAUGGCCAAGACGCAUCCUCAUCUCGUCAUGCGUUUGCCAGGUACAGAAUACUGCAAGGACACCGAAGAGGAACGGCAUGGCGUCUGGUUCAGCACGCUCUGCCCUGGCUUCAGGAUCCUAGACCAGGGCGAGCGACCACCGGACUGUCCUUUCGCGUACACCUAUUCGACUUUCACCAUCAAUGUGCCACUCUACCUACAGUGGCUCGUCGACGAGCUCACAACAGCCGGCGUGCAGAUCAUACGACGGCACAUUGAUCGCCUCGAUAGCCUCUUCGAUGAUUGUGACACCGUCAUCAACGCUACAGGUCUGGGCGCAAAGAACUUACGCGACGUGCGCGAUGACACGGUGUAUCCUACUCGGGGACAGACAAUCCUCAUCAGAGCGCCUGCCGUCACUGCAACGACAUCGAGAGUCUACCCAGAUGGAACAACAUACGUCAUUCCCCGCACAGAUGGCCAAGUCAUCAUUGGUGGUUGCUACCAGCCUCACCGGUGGGAUCUCGACAUCGACUUUGAGCUUGCCGAGCAAAUACUCGAACGAUGCUACGCACUCGAUCCGAGCAUAGCAACACCGCCAGGCUCAGGAAAAGAGAACAUACAGAUCGUUCGGCACAACGUUGGCUUGCGUCCGAGCAGACAAAACGGCUCCCGUCUCGAGCAAGAGCGGAGGGGCCCGAAGACCAUCAUUCAUGCCUAUGGGAUCUCGAGCGCAGGCUAUCAGGCCAGCUGGGGACUCGCGGCAAGCGUGCUCAGACUGAUGCAACAAUAA